AGAAGUUACCAUCUCUGUUUCCUUUUUCUUUUCUCCUCUCUUUAAUUCCCCUCCAAACCCCACUUUAUUCCCUUGAACUCUCCCUAAAAAGAAGACGAUCCUCCUUGUGUUCCCAAACAUCUCCUCCCUUUUCCACUACUCUCCUCUCAAUUUCUUAAAACUCAAACCUAGCUAGACACCAUAGCACCUUUUGUUUUAGCAUGAACAUUGUUGAUUCGAAGAACGGAUAAAUCUUUUGAGAAUCAGUUUUCUUGAUUACGUCUUGUUGUUCAUACAACAUUAAUUAGUCAUGGCUUCGCCUUCGGAACUAACCUUAGAUUGCAAGCCAUACAGCUAUUCCAUGCUGUUGAAAUCCUUUGGUGAUCAUCAACAGACGGAUCAAACACAGAAACUUGAAGAAUUCCUCAUUCAUCUCGAAGAAGAACGCCUUAAGAUUGAUGCUUUCAAGCGUGAACUUCCCCUCUGCAUGCAACUUCUCACCAAUGCGGUUGAGGCUUCACGACAGCAAUUACAGGCUUACAGAGCAAAUCAAGGACCAAGACCAAUUCUUGAAGAAUUCAUACCUCUCAAGAAUCCAAGCUCGGAAAAUUCAGAAAAAUCAUCCCAGGCACUUUCCGAUAAGGCAAAUUGGAUGACAAGUGCACAGCUAUGGAGUCCAGCAGGCAAUGAAACCAAACCACAACCGGUCACGACAUCUCCAAAAGAAACUGAUAUUGGAUUAUUGAGUGUGAGUCCCAAACUGGCCCUGGAUACCAAGCAGAGAAAUGGAGGAGCUUUCCUUCCAUUCUCCAAAGAACGGAACCCCUGUCCUGCCCCAUCUUUACGGGGUCUUCCCGAGCUAGCACUUGCUUCAACAGAUAAAGAAACGGAAGACAAAGAAAAGAAGUGCUCCGACAAUGAACAAGACGGCCGGAGAGAGAAUUCCAGUAAAGUUACCAAUGGCCAUAUUGAAGGAAAAGGAACUGGGAAUAAUAACCAAACAGAUGCCCAAGCAACAAACACAAACACUACAACAACCACUCAGCCACAUAGGAAAGCAAGGCGGUGCUGGUCCCCGGACUUGCACCGGCGAUUUGUUAGUGCUCUCCAGAUGCUCGGUGGUUCCCAAGUGGCAACCCCAAAACAGAUUAGGGAGCUGAUGAAGGUUGACGGUUUGACCAAUGAUGAAGUGAAAAGCCAUUUGCAGAAAUAUAGGCUUCACACAAGGCGGCCCAGCCCGAGCCCACAAGCAACCGGAGGCCAGGCGCCGCAGCUUGUUGUCUUAGGGUUAGGGUUAGGAGGCAUCUGGGUCCCACCCGAGUAUGCCACUGCAGCGGCAGCUGCACACACGGGGGCGCCUGCUCUAUACGGGGCACACCAUCCGGCAGCCACCCAUGCAGCCACUCAUUUCUGUGCAUCGCCCGUGGCUCAAGACUUUUAUACUGCUGCUGCCGCCGCCGCGGCAGUCACGACUCCACCACCUGUGCAGACACCCCAGUUGCACCAUCACCACCCUCUCCACCACCAGCUUCACAUGUAUAAGGCGGCCCACGGUUCGCCUGAAUCUGACAUCAGGGGAGCGGUUGACAGGUCCGAGAGCAUUGAAGAUGGAAAGUCGGAGAGUAGCAGUUGGAAGGGUGAGAGCGGGGAGAACGGUGGUGGUGGAGAGAGAAAAGGGUUGGCGGCGUUGCGGGAAGACGGCGAGGAGAGCAACGGUAGCGAAAUCACGCUCAAGUUCUAGUUAGGAUUAGAGUUUAGGGUAUUGUAUAUGUUAAAGAUUAUUCUAGAUAUGUUGAAAUGUCGGAAAAAAUUAAUAUGAAAUAUUUAAAGAGGGCAAAAAGGGCAUAACGAAAAAGCUAGUGUUUGCUUUGUUCCACUUCUCUGGUUAGCAAUGUCUUAUUCGGAAAAUUUGAAAUUUGGAUUAUUUGUUUUUGGCGUUUUCUGGUGCUU